UUUUCUUUAUCCUGUUGGUUGUUAUCUCUUCUGCUGCUAGGAAGCCACUAUGUCUGGACGUGGAAAGCAAGGCGGCAAAGCUCGGGCAAAGGCUAAAACGCGUUCUUCCAGGGCCGGGCUUCAGUUUCCAGUCGGCCGUGUCCACCGCCUCCUCCGCAAGGGCAACUAUUCCGAACGAGUCGGGGCGGGCGCUCCGGUGUACCUGGCGGCGGUGCUGGAAUAUCUGACCGCUGAGAUCUUGGAGCUAGCUGGCAACGCGGCUCGCGACAACAAGAAGACCCGCAUCAUCCCGCGCCACCUGCAGCUAGCCAUCCGCAACGACGAGGAGCUAAAUAAGCUUCUAGGUCGCGUGACCAUUGCGCAGGGCGGUGUCCUGCCCAACAUCCAGGCCGUGCUGCUGCCUAAGAAGACGGAGAGCCACCAUAAGGCCAAGGGCAAGUGAAAUGAUUACUAGUCGAGUCCAUCAGUGACCCCGAGUCCCAGAAACCAAAGGCUCUUUUCAGAGCCACCCAUUUUUUCUGUAAAGUGCUGGAAUACACAUACAAUCCUUGAAA